UCUCUCCCUCUUUUAGUUCAUGAACCCUCCAAGAUUAUUACAUCUUAUCAUUAUCUCUAAUUCUUUCACCACCUUCUUCAUCUUCUCCUUUUGCACUAAUAACUUGGUUAUACUAGCUAGGUAUACAGUAUAGUAAUGGAGGAAGUAAUGCAUACCUGGUCAGAUGGGUUGGAGGAUGAGCUUGUGAGAGAGCUUCUUGACAAUCAAUCACCUUUCUUUGUGCUACCUCAGAGUACUACUGAAUUGAAAACAAGUAGUCCUUUUGAUGAAGAAACCAUUAACCAGUUCAUCUCUACUGUCUAUUCCGGGCCUACAAUUGGAGAUAUUGAGAAUGCAUUAUCAGUGACAAACCCGAAUAUGGACCAACCCCAGCAACUUCCACAAGCCAGAAUUUCUAUGUUGGACAGAAGUUUAAAUAAGGUUGAGAAUAAGUAUACUCUGAAAAUCAAAAGCUAUGGAAAUCUGAUGGCUGAUGAUGGAUAUAAAUGGAGGAAGUAUGGACAGAAAUCCAUCAAGAAUAGCCCAAAUCCUAGGAGCUAUUAUAGGUGUACAAAUUCAAGGUGCAGUGCAAAGAAACAAGUAGAGAGGUCUCGCGAGGACCCUGAGGCACUCAUCAUCACAUAUGAAGGGCUUCACUUGCACUUUGCUUACCCAUACUUUUUACCUAGCCAAUCCUAUGUCAAUCCAACAACCAAGAAGCCUAAGAAGUCAUUCUCACAAGCCCAAGACCCCCAAGACCAUGAAACCCAACAAACACAAGAAGUCCAAGAAAGCCCAGAAAAUCUAGCUACUUCGCCAUUAUUAAUCACAUCUGAGGUCUGCUUACAAGGAUGGGACAAAAAAGAAGGAAUGAGCUCACAAGGGUUGCUUGAAGAUAUGGUGCCAUUCAUGAUUCGAAAUCCUCCAACCAAUACAUCCUCAAAUUCCUCUUCUUGCUCGUCUUACCAUUCACCUCCUACUUCGCCUUCUUCUCUGUCUUGGUCCACUAAUUAUUCAGCUACAUGUUUUGAUAUAGGCAUCUAGCAUUAUAUUAAAGUUUACUUUUAUGGUUUUCUUGUAAUGUGAGAUUAAAUAAUUAGGUAUAAGAACAAGAAAACAUGCUAAGAUCAU